AUGGAAUUGAGGUUCUCAAAUGCAAACGGGAAGAUUUGGAUUUUCACAGAUAAAGAAUCCACCUUUGUGAUUGAUGAUGACACGGAGCAACCCCUCCAUGGUCGAAUUCUGAUCCCUCGGAUUGGGAAGGAGAUCGCCAUCUCGGCCAUUUAUGCAAAGUGCUCCAGGAGUGAGCGAUACGGACUCUGGGACAAGCUUCGAGAAUUUGCAGAGCAUACUGAGCGGAUGCCUUGGAUGAUUGGAGGCGAAUUUAACACUAUCCUCCACCCCCGGGACAGAGUUGGUAGCGACACUAAUAGACUGCCAGAAAUGGUGGACUUUGCAGAAAUGGCCGAAGAUUGCAGGCUCAUUGACCCCGGCUUCGAUGGAUUUGAGUACACCUGGGCCAAGAACACCCUGCUCGAGAGGCUUGACAGAGCAUUUAUUAAUGAAAACUGGACUGAGAUGUUUGAGGCGACGAGAGUUACCAACCUCCCGCGCGUGGCCUCCGACCACGGACCAGUCCUUGCCCGCUGCAAGUUGAAAUCAACAGCACCGAAGGGGAGUUCCUUCCGAUUCCAAAACAUGUGGACCCGCCACCCACAGUUCUUGGCACUGGUUCAGAGCGACUGGGAGCAAACUACAGAGGCGGGUGGAUUACUCAACCUUCGGGGGAGGGAUAGGACUCGUAUUUGGUUUGCCCCAUAG